GGGAGUUUUCCAAUGAUUUAGAGGGUCCUCUAGAGUUUUCGUUGUUUAUCAUAUAUUGGAAAAUCCGAGAAUUUCUAACCUGAUGCGAUUUUACUCUGGGUUGUGAGAUCGACAGAAAAAAUAUUUCCCAGAAUUCAACAGAUAUAUUUUUCAACAUGGAGGACCUUAUGGUCGAAGUUUGCGGUCCAAACGGGACUUAUUACAAGGCAUUUGUGAAGAAUGUACAUGAAGAUGAAAUCCUGGUCUCCUUUGAAAACGACUGGCAACCAGAGCAGCGUGUCAAGUUUACUAACGCGCGCCUCCCACUCCCCGACCAGGGCAAACACCGUGAUUACAGGGAUGGCGAAAACGUUGAGGUGUUCACAAGCUCCAACGAGAAGGAACAGAUGGGCUGGUGGCCGGCAUUGCUGAAGAUGCUGAAGGGCGAGUUUGCAGUGAUAGAAUACAGUGGCUACGACUCAAAGUACACAGACAUAGUCCCCCUAGAGAGGGUCAGACCUGUCAACUCAAACCCACCCAUAGACAAGAACACAUUUCAUAAGUUCUCUAUAGAAGUACCUGUAGACCUACGAGAAGUGUGCCAGGAUGAGCAUGAACACGCUGAAUUUAAGAAACAUAUAGGAGGGGGAUGUGUGUGCUUUGAUCACCAGGAGGGAACACUCAAUGUCUUGUCUUUGAGCGAGUCUGUGAUAAAGAGAGCCUCCAUGUUAGCAGACAUGCACCUCAGAAAUGUCCGUCAAAAACUGAUGCUGAAGAAGAGGACAGAGGAAGCCGUUCAGAGGUUACAGAGUACCAAGAUACGUUCAGGGUACACAGAAGAGUUCCGAGUGCGGGACGACUUGAUGGGCCUGGCCAUCGGAACCCACGGUGCUAACAUUCAGCAGGCCAGGCACGUACAGGGCAUCACCAACAUAGAGCUGGAGGAGGACACAUGUACUUUUAAAGUUCAUGGAGAGUCUCAGGAAGCCGUGAAGAAAGCCAGAGCCCUGUUAGAGUACGUGGAGGAAACCUUUCAGGUGCCGAGGGAACUUGUAGCUAAGGUCAUUGGUAAAAAUGGUCGCAAUAUACAGGACAUCGUAGACAAGUCUGGAGUCGUGCGAGUCAAGAUCGAGGGAGAUAACGAAAACGAGACGCCUCGGCAGGAGGUAAUGGCGUCACUGGGACAAGUGCCUUUUAUAUUUGUUGGGACACAAGAGAGUACAGGAAAUGCCAAAAUCUUGCUAGAGUACAACUUGGACCAUUUAAAGGAGGUAGAGAAGCUACGACUGGAGAAGUUAGAAAUCGACCAACAGCUGAAGAGUUUAGCGGGACCUCAGGCGGGACCCUACUUCCCACCCCCAAGAGAAAGGAGGGGAAGUAAUGAGCCGUCUUCUGAUGACCGCGGGAGGCGAGGAACAGGAAGGGGGCGUGGCCGAGGUGGGAGGAGAUGGGCCAAUGAGAGACGCACUUACAACACAGAUGAGUCCUCCCCUGUCCCUAUCGCUGAUUGGUCAGAAGAAAUGAACGCUGAGGACAACAGACAGUCGGGCUAUUACACAGACAGUAUCCUGACCGGGCGUGGACCGAGGGGAGGUGGUGGGGGAUACCGGCCCCGGGGGAGAGGGGGCAGGUACCCCAGGGGAUCGGGCUACUCCUCCAACAGGUCAUCAGAUUUUUACGAUCAGCGUCGAUAUAGAUCAGAUAGACCCAGUUAUUCCACUAGCAGAUAUAUGGCAUACGAUACAGAUGAAUCACGGGACUUUCGUUCGCGGCGGAGGAUGACGGAUGACGACGAUACAGUAUUAGACAACGCCAGCGUCACCAGUCAGGACCAAGAUGACCAAAGAGAUCAGAGGCCCAGGAGAAGACGAAAGAAUAGAAACCGUCCCUAUGGUAACGGUAGUGCUGCCUCGGGGACGGAAACAGACAAUAGUGUAUCAAAUUACCGACCCUCAGGGGGCCGACCCCCGCAGUUUCAGAAUGACUCUUCCUCAAACUUUGUGAAUUCAGUGAAAACUGAACCCUCAAAAGUUAAAACUGAGCCUGAAUCCAAACCGCCUGGACUGUCCAAGGAAGAUAACUCUGAUAGAAUUAAUAGUGCAAAGUCUAGCAGCCAGUCAAGUAAACCGAGCCCGAAACCAGGCUCAGCCCCGCCCAGGGAACAGAGGAAACCUGCUGCGCCCAAGUACUCUGCUUCAGCACGGAACGGGACGAGUGGGUCGGAAUCCGACUCCAAAGCGGCUAAAAACAAGAACAAUACCCCUAGUGGUAAACCAACCGCUAGUGGUCAACCAACCGCUAGUAGUAAACCAACCUCUAGUACUAAACCAAAGGAGCAGAUGGUCAACGGAGAGUAACAAAGUGCCAUGGAGAUACUUAACUGACGAGAUUAGUAGUAUUUUUAGCUCUUACAGUUGAGCAUGCCAUCUACUCGUAUGUACCUUUUUAUCCUCCUUCCACAGGAGAACGCUUUGUUGCCUAGAUUAACCAGAUGAGACAUUGUUUACAGUUUGUGGUUCCUGUCCUCCUGAUUGGGAGGCCAUGUUUGCUAUGCAAUAUUUGUCCUUACGUCUACCAAGGGACUUGCUGUCUUGUUAGAUUAAUUCAUGUAGAGAAGAGACAAAAGACUGUUCCGUCACGUAAAUGAUAUUUGUGAGUUAUCCUCUGAACCUGUGGAAUUCCAUUUUUUUUUUUUAACUCGAAUUAAUUUCUGUCCCAAAGUAUGUGUAUAUGUAUUGUUUUUGCAUAAUAAGUUGUUAAUUCAUAUUUUGUAGAAAUGAUGUGUAAAAUGUUUGAAUUAUUUUUGAAUUGCUAUCAACUUUUAAGAAACAAUGAUACUGUUAUGGUGUUCAUGGAAGUUGUGACUUUUGUGACACUGAAUGAAAGUAAGACUGCUGAUAUUUUACUAUACACAUGAUACAUGUUAAGAUAAUUUUUGUUUUUAUAUUUUAUGUCAGAUCUGUCCAAAAAGAGUAAAAAAAAUUAUUAAAAGUCUUGCACUUUCAUAGUGGCACAGCUGAAAUUAUUAUAAACAUGAUAAACAUUUAUCUUUUUAUGAAAAAUAUAUGGAAUUUCUUUGUUUCCAAUUAUGGAUUUUGAAAAACACAUUACACCUUUAUCAUAAAAAGUGAUUUUAAAAAAAACCCUUUCAACAGUUAGAUGUCAAGCUCUUAAAUCUUGAUUAUGGGUGUCAACAUAUGUACAUGAAUAUGCAUUUAAAGCUGGUGGAGAAAGUGAUUUGAUUCACAAACUUUUAUUUUUUAAAUUCAAUCUGUUCAGCUUUUCUUGAUUGUUUACACACACACAGAUUCAGAAUUGACAAUCAUCUAUAAAUAAUCUUCCUAUUCAAACUAUUUCAGAUUGGGGUCCUAUUUUUGUACAAAGAUGGAUGUUGUGGUACACCGUGGGUAUAUUUUUACAAAAUGAUAAUAACUGCACCGAAUUCUACUCAAACUUGUUUUCUCCAGACACUUAAUGUGUUAAAGAAAAUUUUCCUGAUUGAUGUAUUGAAAUUUGAGGCACAAGUUUUGUGACUUAUGUUAGACAUGUUAUUUUUCAUUUUUUUUUUUUUUUUUACCAUUAAACCAAAAAAAAGAAGAAUGUAUUCAUAUUAGUUUUGACUUGUAAAUGUAUUUUGCUUUGUCUUUAUGGGAAACCAAAAAUGUGAAAGCUGUGUGCAUUCUCUACUGUUUAUUGUUGAUUGAAAUGUAGAUAAAAAAUGAAUUACCCAUAUUAUAGAAUAUAAAGGUCACCUUAGCCAAAUCUGACCAUAAACUUGUCUUAUUAACCUUGAACUGUGACCUUGUCUAUUUCUAAACAUGUGAAAUUUCUUACAUUUGAUGCAUGAAUUGAGAAAAAUAUUUGUUGAUCUGUGAUGAACAGUGUCUAUCAACAUGGUACUCUCUACUGAUAAAACUUUGGUUUGUGUUUAAACUCGAAAUGGUUUGUUUUAGUAAAAAGAAUGAUUUCAUUUCAUUUCAUACUAAAGUCUUGUUGAUGUAUACUUUUUCACAAAACCUCUGUGCAAACAAAGAGUUGAUAAUUUUGGGGUGUAAUUUUGCAUGCAUGACCUUUCUAUUAAAUUGUUUGUGUGAAAUGUUUCCAAACCAAAGACAAUGCACUGUUAUUUUUUUCUUUUAAAUUUGAGGUCAAUGAAGUUAUUGUAGAAUGAUUGAUGAAUUAUUUGAAUCUAUAUUUUUCAUAUAAGUAUUGACUUCUUCAUGAUUUGUAUACUCUACUUAAUAUACAUUAGUUUAAUUGAUACAUUUAUCGUUUAAUUGAUACAUUUAUCAGGAACUUCAAAUGAAAAAAAAAAAAUAUUUGUUCAAAUGUAUUUUAUUCAAUGUAACAUUGUUAGUUGAUUCAUGCUUCAACAUAAUGAAAUUGAUGCAUCAAAAUAGGUUGAUUUGUGCUUUUGAUAUGCAUGUAAUAUCAAGAUCAAAAUGGGUCAAUGUCAAAGUAGGUCAAUUUAUGCUUAAGCAUAUAUUUGUCGAAAUCCGUCAGUUCAUUCUUCUGCAUGUUAAGAUCAAUGUGUUUAACUAAAUGUAUAUAAUGCUUCACCAUCUUAAAAUCAAUAUGCUUAACAAUGCAUGAAUGAUAUACUCCAGUAUACAUGUAUAAUACCUGAAAUGUACAGACAUAGGCAAUAUCAUUUGUAAAUUUUGUAGUUUUUAAAUUCAAGUGAAAAAAUAGUCUUAGAAAGGCAUUAAUUGGGAAUAAAUGUUGAGAUAAACUCAUGCUGCCAAGGGCAGCUAACUCAUGCAGUACCCAACAAAUAUAUCUCAAAUUCAUCCAUUGGAACUGCUUAAAAAUUAGCAUAUCACUGUCUUAGUUGUUAUUUAAUCUUAGUUGUUAGUGAACAAACUUUUCAAAGCAAAUGGCUGGCUGUGUGUAAUUGUAUAUUGGCUGCCUGUUUAUACCAGAGGGUAUUUACUGUUACAAGACCCCAGGGUUUUGUACAGUUACCAAGUUGUUUCAUUUGUUACAUUGUUAUUACAUGAUUGCAAUUGAUUACACUUGUAAUGUUGAAAUCACUAGUGAGGUUGUUAACACUGCUUUUUGUAUUCUCUGAAUGGAGUGUGUGGUAGACAUCUUAAGUUUAGUUUGUGAGGUGAAUUUAUUGCAAGAUUGCAGACAUUUCUUAAUUUAUUUCUCAUUCUAGGCCAUUCAUUUGUAGUUUUCCUUCCAUCCAAUGCGAAUUAUUCUCUCUUUUUUUUCUUUUUUAAUAAAACAUUGCUAAGAUUG